UAGGGUGUUGAAUGAAAACUAUUGGAGUGAGUAAUUGUUGAGAGUUUGUUGAAUUGGAGAGAGAAGAUGAUGUGGAGUGUUGGGAAGAGAAAAAGUGGUGUUGAGAGGAGGUAAAUUGUUGACACCAUUGUAAAUAGUCUUAGCUUCUUCCUCCUCACAAAAAAAAAGGCACCACCUUUUUUCACCAUAAUAACCACACAAAACCGUACACACACUACCUCAGAAAACAAAGAAUGUUCAUCAUCACUCGUUUCGUCUCCUUCAUUCUUGCCCAGAAGCUCCAUUGAGUUGCAUAUUCAUUCACCACCAGGCCAUUCUUCAGAACAUAGAUUGACUUCUUACAAAACAUUAGUCAGCUUCAAUGGGUAGUAGCAGUUCAGCCACAGAUUCAGAAGUAAAGGAAUCAGAUAAGUAUGAUUACAUGGAGAGGUAUUAUGAUGAAAUCAAAGCUGGGAAAUACAGGACCAAGAAUCCAAAUGCCACCUUAAGGUGCCCUUUCUGUGAAGCCAAAAAGAAGCAGGAGUUUCAGUUUAAAGAUCUUCUUCAACAUGCAUCUGGAAUAGGAACAUGCUCAGCUAAAAGAAGCAUGCAAGUCAGGGUAAAGCACCUUGCCUUGGAAAAAUACUUGAAACAGGAUGUCAGCACUGAAUUGGAUAUUGUUGUUAAGCCUCCUCAGUACUUGGAAGUGGCCAAUGAGCAGCCCAGCUCAGAAGGGAGGUUUGUUUGGCCUUGGAAAGGGAUUGUAGCCAGCAUAUUCAGGAAGCCAAAGAAUGAGACAGAAGAGUAUUGGCUGAGAAAGUUUGAGCUGUAUAAACCUAAAGAAGCUCAUGUGUUGCAUGGUAAAGAUGAUCCUAGAGGAUAUGUUGUGCUAGAAUUUGGAACAGAAUGGACAGGGUACAGGCAAGUGAUGAAAUUAGACACAGAUUUUCAAACUGAUUGUCAUGGAAAGAAGGACUGGGACUCAAUGAUGGAGUGUCCUGGUUCAGAUUUGUAUGCUUGGAUUGUAGGAGCUGAGGAGUACAAUUCAGAAGGGAUGGUUGGUGAUUAUCUUCGUGAGAAGGCAGUGCUGAAAACAGUUUCUGAGGUUUCACAAGAUUUAUGGAAAGAAUGUACUGAAAAAGUGGAAACUAAUUACUCUGAGAGAAGCUUUUCAUUGAUGAACAUAAUGGCAGGGAGGGAGGAACUUACAGAAGCUCAUAUUGAAGAGAUGCAGAGGAUGGAACAGAAUGCACGUGAACAUGCUAGAAGAAUAAUAGAAGAGACUGAAUAUUUAAAGAACCAAAUUUAUACAAGGAAUGGUGAACUUGCUCGCUUGGGUCACCAACUGAGUGAGAAGGAGAAGUCAACUAUACAUGAGAGAAGAAAAUUUGAGGAAGAAAAGAAAAAGAUAACAGAAUCACUAAUUUUAGCAUCAGAGGAGCAGGUGAAGGCCAAAGAUGAUAUUGCUGAGGUUCUUAAGAAACACAAGAUGGAGGAAAAGGCUAUGAGAGAUACCCUUUUGAAGCUGGAGAAAGAUCUGAAUGAUGAGCAUAAGCUGAAGAUAGAGAUUGCUGAACUAGAUGAGCAACUGAAGGUUUUGAAUUGUAUGAAUGUGAUGGGAGCUGAUUCUGAAAAGGGUAAAAUUAGUAAGAAAGAAAUAGAAGAGAUGGAAGGAAAACUGGAGGAGAUAAUUGAGAAAAUGUCUGAAAAAGAAGAUGUUAAUCAAGUUCUUGAGAUGAAAGAACAAUUAGCCAAAAAGGAGCUUGAAGAUGCUCGUGAAGCAUUCAUUGCAGAAGAACUGCAUCCACAUUUCUCUCUGCCAAAGGUUAUUGGUGAACUUUUUAACCUCGCAAAAACACUAUUUGGCAUUGAAAUCGAGCCAGCUGAUGGUCUAGCUCCGGUUUGGAAUAAUGAUGUCAAGUUCUUUCAUGUAAAAGAUUCUUCUGGCAGUCCCAUUGCAUAUUUUUAUUUUGAUCCUUAUAGUCGUCCUGCUGAAAAGAGGCAAGGUGCAUGGAUGGAUGAAAUGUUUGCUCGUAGUCGUGUAUUAUCACGUGAUGGUACCUCAACAAGGUUUCCUGUUGCCCACAUGUUGUGCAAUCAAACAUCUUCGGUAGGAAACAAGCCAAGUCUAAUGACAUUCUGUGAGGAGCCCCUCCCGGGAUCACCCAGCUCGCCAGCACACCAGCCCUACUUCCCUCUUGGCUACCCCAGCUCUCCGUGAUCAUCCCGAUCAACACGAAAUGAAUACAAUAUAGACAUAGGUACUCUCUUCCUAAAAUAUAUUUGAUGGGGGAUUAAUUAGUAAAAAUAGCUCUGAAGCAACCCCUUUAUAUUAUUUCAGAACACAGGAAUGCGAUUUGUGUGCCUGACUGAGAUUAAAGCCGAAAGUUGGUUGAAAAAAGGUGGUGGGUCAUAGUCGUUGUAGAACUUCCAUUUGUUUUUUAGAUGACAAUGAAGUUAUGAUAGCUCAAAGAGGGUGGUGAUUCACUUUUAUCCUUGUUUCUGAGUACAACAAUGUUUUCAACUUAAUCUAAUUUGUUGUGAAGCCUAACCAAGUUGAAAACAUACUCAAUUUUGAGCACCCUAAAAAUCAAAAUGAGAAGAAGAGUUGCUUGAGGAUUACACAACUGUCACAAACAUGGAGACUCCAGCCAUCAAUAGCUACUAUCUUAAUGAUGGGGAAAACUUUCAAAAGAAGCUAUUAUUAAGAAUUAAGUUUUGAAAUGAGCAUUGAGAAUACAAACAUGAAGACUCCACACAACUUAUGCACUGAACAUGGAAAUGAGCAUAAUUGUAUUAAAACUUGGAACUAUUAAGAAUAAAGAAAGAAAU